AUAAAAAGCCCCAAUCUUCCUCCCCUCUCUUUCUGCGCUCUCGAGCUCAAGAGCACGCGAUAACGCUGGUCACUGUUUCUUCUCCUCCUCACAUCAAUUAUCUCGGUAAGGAAGAAGAAUGGCAACGUUCGAGUUGUACCGCAGAUCGACGAUCGGGAUGUGCCUGACCGAAACUUUGGACGAGAUGGUUUCAAACGGAGUUCUCAGUCCUGAGCUUGCCAUCCAAGUUCUUGUUCAGUUCGACAAGUCGAUGACUGAAGCUCUGGAAACCCAAGUUAAGAGCAAGGUGUCCAUUAAGGGACAUCUGCACACAUACAGAUUCUGCGACAAUGUUUGGACCUUCAUCUUACAAGAUGCUUUAUUUAAGAACGAAGACACCCAGGAGAAUGUUGGUCGGGUGAAGAUAGUGGCAUGUGACUCGAAGCUGCUCAUACAAUGAGACUCUCACAUGUGAACGAUAAUGUUCAAUAAAGGGUUUUAUUUCAUUCCGGUGGUAGUAGAAGGGGAUGUUGGAAAGGAAGAAAGGAAGAAGUACUUCUCCUGUCAGUUGUAGUUGCAGGAAAGAGAUUAUGAGGAUUAAACACUUGUAAAAACAAAUCAAACUGUAUGACUAUAAUUGCUGGAUGUCGUCAUAUAACCACGCCACGUAUAUUGUGGAUGGUUAUUUCAUCCUGUGUGUCUUAUUUUAAAUAAGUUAGAUGUCUUGGAUUAUAGCUUGAACAUUUUGAAUGUGGCUUGAUUGUGUUGUUAAAAAACCUAGUUGGAAUAUGAUCUUCCUUCAAGUGCCCUA